AAUAAAGAAGAAGAAGACAUUGACAUGAAAGAAGAUUCAGAGGGGUUAGAGCCAAAAGACCACUCUCCACCCCACAAGAAGAGCAAAGCAAAGAAGCCAGAAGGCUCCAAAGACUCUAGUGAGGAUGAGAACGGUCCAGAGGAAAAGCAAAGUGUGGAAGAAAUGGAAGGACAGAGCCAAGAAGCAGAUGGUGCCAAUGCUGCUCCUGUGCCCAGCCCUUCUUCAGAAGAAGCUGAAGUCUAUAAAGAUGAAGAUUCUGCAAAGGAUGACAAUAUUACAAAAAACAGUGAAGUGAGUGACCAAGAUCAUUCCAACGGACAAGAAAAUGAUUCAAUGAAGAAUGAAAUAAAAAUUGAGGCAGAGUCCCAGAGCUCAUAUAUGGAAACAGAAGAGCUUUUAUCAAACCAAGAAGAUGCCACGAUUGUGGAUCACCCGGAAGUGGUUCCACUAACAGACGACCAAGAAGAAAAAGAAGGUGAAAAAGGUAGGACUGCUCUUAAAUUAGCCUGUCAAAAAUAGAGAAUUUCCUUGAAUUCCUUCCUAGAAUUCAACCAUCAAA